AUGUCAUUUGCCAAUGGCACCUACUUCCAGCCAUCUGUCUUCACCCUGAUUGGAAUUCCAGGCCUUGAAACCGUGCAACACUGGAUUGGGAUCCCAUUCUUCAUCUCUUUUGUCCUGGCCACCAUUGGAAAUGGCCUCCUCAUCACCAUCAUCCACUCUGAGCGCAGUCUCCAUGAGCCCAUGUAUGUCUUCUUAGCGAUACUGGCAGCUACUGACCUGGGCCUGACCCUAUGCAUUACCCCCAAAAUGCUGGCCGUCUUUUGGCUUCAGUCAAGAGAGAUUCGGUUUGGCUCCUGCCUUACUCAGAUGUAUUUUACUCAUACUUUCCAGUGCAUGGAGUCUGGCAUUCUCCUGGCCAUGGCCUUUGAUCGAUACGUGGCUAUUUGUGAGCCCUUGAGGCAUUCUGCUAUUCUCACUAGGAAGGUACUGAUCUGCAUCAUCACCGCAGUGACCAUCCGGGCAUCUGUUAUCAUCAUCAUGUGCCCGCUUCUGAUUAAAUUGCGCCUGAAGCAUUUUCAGACCACGUUCAUCGCUCAUUCUUACUGCGAGCACAUGGCUGUGGUAAAGCUGGCUGCCGAAAACAUCAGAGUCAAUAAAGCGUAUGGACUGUUUGUGGCUUUCUCAGUUCUUGGAUUUGAUGUAAUCUUCAUUUUUUUGUCCUACGCCUUUAUCUUCCAGGCUGUCUUUAAAUUGCCGCAGAAGGAGGCACGCUUUAAAGCAUUCAACACGUGCACAGCCCACAUCUUCGUCUUUCUUCAGUUCUAUAUUCUCACAUUUUUUACAUCGUUCAUACACAGAUUUGGCUUCAAUGUUGCUCCUUAUGUACACAUUCUCCUGUCCAACCUUUACCUCCUAGUUCCGCCCCUGCUUAAUCCUAUUGUCUACGGAGUGAAAACCAGACAGAUCCGAGAGGGCGUAAUCAAGAUGCUCAUUCGCAAGGCUUAA